AUGCAAAGACCGGAGCUACUAGGACGUCUUAAAGAGGUGUCCUCGACCACACAACGACGUAGUGCGUCAAACUCAGCCAGCGGCGGCUCCCUGCUCCCGUCGUGUAGUAUGGAUCUCUCAGCCGGUCACACUCCCAACGCUCAGUUCGGCUCAGGCAAUGGCGGACCACCAUUAGCGCCGACUAUCAUCCCCAUGACCAUGUGUUCUCAGACACGCCAACAAUUAGUAGCGAACCCCGGAGUCCCAUUGGCGUUUAGCGGACUUCAACUCGGUGGAAACGGAAGCAUUAGAAUCGGCGAUUCCCAAUCGCCGUCCCCACCAGACAGCGUACCGCCCCCUGCUAUCGCACUUCAUCGCGCAACAGGGUUGGUGAUCCCCUCUGUUCCGCCGGCCUCCAACUCGACCGGGGAAUGUGUACAUGGGAGUGUGGGUCCAGCAAAUGGCGCAGCGCAAUCUCCACCUGAAAUCGGCGCAUCAGCAACCGUCGCUCCAAGUGGCGCGUCAGGGUUCGUCAUCGCCACUGUUCCCCCGGUGCGCAGCUCGCUGGGAAUCAAUGGUAAUGGGAUUGCUGGUCCUGCAAACUCCGCUCCGCAUUCUGCACCUGAAAUCAGCGCUCCAGCUACCGUCGCACCUCCUGGCGCGACAGGAUUCAUGCUGCCCACGGUUCAACCGGCGCUCGACCUGGUGGGACUGGGUGUAAAUGGGAGUGCUGGUCCAGCUGCCGCCUCUGUGCAGUCUACACCGUUGAUCGUCGCAGCUGAUUCCGUCGCUCCUAAUAGCGCGCCAUCAUUCGUGAUUCCCACCGUGCGUCCGGUGCUCGACUCGGUUGGGUUGGGUGUAAAUGGGAGUAGUGGUACGCAGGGUGGAUCCGUUGAUGCCAAUAGGCAGUCCACUCACACACCUGGUGACGUUCCGUAUAACACCAGCAAUGGCGCCACACCUCCCACUCCUGGAUACAGCGUACGGCCAGGGGCAGCAACAACUGCAACCACGCAGGGGGCGUCGUCCUCCUUCAACUGGGCUGCACGGUCAUCCUUCAGAUCGGGCGGUAAUGACCGCAACGGUGCACGCAGGGGUGGACAGAGGCGGCCUUCUCCAAGUGGUACGCGCAUGGUAGACAGCGUUGCACGUGGUGAUGAGAUGACGGAAACGUGUAGCGUAGGCGGCAAUGGGCGCGUGUGCACAGCCAAAUGGACUCACGAACUGACGACCGAUUUGCUAACCAUCAUACUCCAAUUGCAACAGGCACACGGUUUGCAGCCACACGACCCAGUCGGGAGCUGGAGAGACGUUCACCUCGAAUGGACAAGCAUGCAUGCUGACUACCCUUACACCGCGCAUCAACUGGAGAAUCGGCUGCGCGUGGUGAAGCGAUGGCUGCCCGAAAUCAAGUGGCUGCAGGAUCAAGUUCUGGCAGAGGUGUCCGGGCACCAAAUGUGGCGGGAGAGGGCGCAUAGGUGGCAAAACGAUAUUGCCCCCUGGCUUGACCUUGCAGCGCAGCUCGAUUCCAACGGCCGGACUCGAGGUGGGUACGCAACAACGGGUGAUGAAGGCCCGCGCGUCUACCCAGACGAUCCGGGCGCACUGGGCGAGGAAGCGCCUUCGGAGGGAACGGCGGAAGGACAGGAGGUGGGAGACGAGGAGGAAGCGGUUGAGGGAUAUGAUUCACCCAAUGGAGUGGACGGCCAGACCAACGCCAGUGGGCUUGGGCUGGGUGACGAUCGUGGGCACGAAGACCACAAUGUCCGCGCAACAUCCCAGCCUUCUGCCCAUGGUGAAGGUGCCAGAGCGAGACGAGGCUCGGGAGGCACAGCCUCACCCGGGCGUGGCUCGGGAGGGGGGAGUGCGCGCUCGCGGUCUGUGCGCAACCGGGCCAGCGGGGGGCAACCUGCAUCGGUGAGCCAGGGCAACGGUUCCCCACUCAAUGGGAACAACAGGCGUGGUAACGACAGUGCUAGCCCAUCAUCACAAGGGACACGAAGCACUGGAAAUAAACGGCAGCGGCGGGCUGAAGCUUCUAGUAUUGCAAGGAGUUUGGACACUCUCGCAUCCGCUGCUACACAACCGAUGAAUCACUGCCACAGAGAUCCACUACGUGAUGACGUCGUCAGAGCUGGGGAGUUGCUUGCUGCAAUGGACCCACCGUCAGAGCGCCACAGACUGCGUCUCGCCCGCCUGUUUGGCAGUGAACCUGCCCUUGCCUCUCUUUUUAUCACCCUGGGGCCGGGGACGCGAGAGGCCUGGCUGAGGGGUGAAGACCUCCCAAGUCCCCCCUCAGCUACACCUGGGCAGGAGUGA